GUUUCCAUUCAGCUCCUGUUCAGUCAUGAGUCAGAACUGCCACACGUAAAAGACAUAAAACCCACAUUUUCUUAUCUUUAUCGCACGCGUUAAUACCGUUUAUGACACUGGUCUCUUGCAGAAUCAGCAGAGAGGACUUUUCCUUUUUACGCACACACACCACAUGCGCGCACACACACACACACCAAGAUACGCUGACAUGGUGUGCAGAAAUGCUAUGCAAGAGCAGCGUGUGCUGCAGAAACACUGUCCACUCCGCAUCACCCUAAAGCCACAUCAUCACCACCACAUCCACAUCGCGUGACGCGGGAGAGCCGCUGCCUCUGCGGGGAUAGCUCUAUAAUCUGCGAAGGUGAGAGGCGCCGGUGCGUUUGUUUUCCGCGAGGAUUGUGAUCGGGUGCGGAGUGAAUGUGGAUGUGCGUGGGGAAGCCUCUCAGGCCAGCAGCACAGGCUUUUUGGAAACCUGCCAUGUGACAUUUGGCUGCCAACGCUCUAUCAGAAGGUCAAAGUGGAGAGAGAGAGUGUGUGUGUGAGGGGGUCCACGGUGCACAUUUCAUGGAAAUGCAGACAACCAAAGCUGCGCACAUUAACGUCCAGCAUCACCACCACCACCACUACGACUUCUUUAGCCAGUCCCUGCGUGAUGUCCGCGCGGUUGUUUGUCAGCAAAUGACGCAAGAGGAAACACUUGCGCGCACGUCUGUCUGCAGGUCAAAGCAGCAAAAGCCCAACUUCACCAUGAGCAAAACCAUUUUCCCCUGGAUGAAGGAGUCCAGACAGUCACAGCAGAAACACGGCAGGAGAAUCUCAGACUGCAUCAUCAACGAGAAGUGCCCAAGCGCGACCCCGGCCUCCAAACGGACGCGCACCGCGUACACGAGCGCGCAACUGGUGGAGCUGGAGAAGGAGUUCCACUUCAGCCGCUACCUGUGCCGGCCACGGCGGGUGGAAAUGGCCAAUCUGCUGAAUCUCCACGAGAGGCAGAUCAAGAUCUGGUUUCAGAACCGGAGGAUGAAGCAGAAGAAGGACGAGAGAGAGCAGGGCCUCACCACCACCACCACCUCCUCACCCCCUUCCUCCCCCUCCGCCCCGGGCAGCCCCACUCUGUCGAGCCUGGGUUAUGUCCAUCUGGGCGGGGAUUACCAGCCGGCCUCUCCUCCGCUCGAGUCCCAGCACCAGCAGCCACAUCAGCCGACAUACCCCGCAGAAUACCCGGCUCCUGGGUUCACGCACGGCCCACAAUUCGAUGUACAGUACAGCACUCACAACAACGCACACACAAAAAACUCGGAUCUGGAUGUGACGGGUUCAUAUUUCCCUCAGAGCUGCACACCUCAGGACAGAAUCAUGCAAGCUCCAAAACUGACUCAUCUGUAGCGGACGUUGAUUUUUAAUUCCUCCUGUCGCCACAAAACACCUUCCCUUUAUUUUAUGGCAGAAAACUGUACCGAUUUGUUUAGAAGCAUGACUUUUUAACGCUUAUUUAACUAAGGAUCUGAAUAUUAGUCCCAAACUAUAUUUAUUUGUAUUUAUUAUAUAUAUUGUUCCUCUUGGGCAUUGUUGUGUUAACUUUAACGCGUGAGCCUCCUUUAAACAUUCGUUCAGAAAUGCUAUAAUCCAGCUCUGUGUGGCUUAAAUAAAACUUAUGUGUUGUCGUUUAGGCAAUAUAAAUAAAAACGACUCUCAAGAGUAAAUAUUCACUCUAGAGCGUGUGCACAAUA